CAGCAGCGCCCCCCUGCCUUGGCCGCGGAGCACCGGUCGCCGAAGUCUCGCCCUCUGGCCUCUCUGGUCGUCGUCUUCCCCCCUCGCUCGUCUUGGAGGCGAAGAAAGAACUCGGCCGCCCAUAAAUACCCUCCUCGAUUAAACCCCAACCAGGAACCCACCACCCAUUUCCGCUUCCACCCGCAAGCACACAGCGGCGAUGCAUCUCUACAACGCGUGGCUGCCCCCGGCGGUGGCGGAUGCCGCGCGGGGGGAGGCGGCGGCCUUCGCCGGCGCGGUGCGGUCGGCCAGGGACGCGUGGCGCCCCGACGACCCAGACUCGGCCUACGCCACGCUCAAGUGGAUCUCCGUGUUCGACCUUUUUAUUAAAGCAAAGAGUGACGUUGCUCCUGAGGACAUACAUGCUCUUGUAGAGCUUGGGUUUGGAAUAUUUCAUGCAUCACAGAAUAAGUUUGUUGUCCAGAUAAAAUGGGGAGGUUUGCUCAUCAGGCUUUUCAAAAAGCAUGCGGAGAGACUUUCACUUGAUGUGCAAUGGAGGCCACUUUACGAGACAUUGAUACAGACCCAUUUCAAGAAAAACAUGGGCCCUGAGGGCUGGAAAGUAAGACAGCAACACUUCGAGACCAUCACCAGCUUAGUACGUGCCUCUAGGACUUUCUUUCCUGAAGGUGCAGCUGCUGAGAUUUGGUUGAAAUUCAGGCCCUUGCUGGAAAAUCCAUGGCAUAACUCAGCAUUUGAAGGUGUUGGAUUUGUUAGGCUGUUUCUUCCUGCAAACUUGAGGAACCAGGAUCACUUUACGACUGAUUGGAUUGCACAAUGUCUACACAUUUGGGACUCUGUCACAAAUUGCAAUUUCUGGGAUAUCCAAUGGGCUGCCAUCAUAGCACGUUGCAUAAAAAAUUCCAGAUCUAUUGAAUGGGAGAAGUUUCUGCCGCUAUUGUUUACAAGAUACUUGAACAUGUUUGAGGUUCCUAUAUCAAGUGGGAAUGGGUCAUACCCUUUUCCAGUGGAGGUGCCUAGGAACACACGAUUUUUGUUCUCCAGUAAGACCAGAUCACCUUCCAAGGCAAUUGCAAAGUCUGUUGUGUACCUUUUGAAGCCUAAAAGUCUGGCACUGGAACAAUUUGAGAAGCUCAUAAAUUUUCUAGAACAGUUUGUCUUCUGGUCCUUGUACUUCUUUUUGCUUGUCACACUGGCUCUUUAUUUUGUUUUAACUUAUGUCUUUCUGGCAUUUAGAUUCUAUCAUCCAUCAAAUGGGGGUCGCUGGACUUAUUCAUUGGAGCGUUUUCUGCGGUAUCUCGUUUUUUACUUUGAAAGACGUCUUCAACAUGAACAAUUUGACACAAUGGAUGAGACAAAUGAGCAGUUCUGUUUGGGAAACGAAGAGAGAGCUGUUUUUAUCAAAGUAGUGCUGAAAUUACUGGAUCGUGGUCAGUACAGCAAGGAUGAUUCUCUUGCUGAAACAGUAUCCAUUGCAACUUCAAUCCUGUCUUAUGUCGAGCCAUCCUUGGUGCUUCCGUUUGUCGCAACGAACUUCCAACUAGCCUUGGAGACAACUACUGCCACCCACCAGUUAAAGAAUGCUGUCACAUCUGUCGCAUUUUCUGGACGGGCGCUUCUUCUAAGUUCUUUAUGCUCAACUCAAUCUGGUGAUAGUAGCACGAUUGAUACACUCUAUGAUCUUAUUGUCACUUCCCUUUCAAAUGCAUUGCUUGGUAUGGAUGCCAACGAUCCACCUAAAACUGUAGCUACGAUGCAAUUAAUUGGCUCAAUAUUUUCAAAUCUGGCUACAGUUGGUGUUAGUGAUGAUGUGCCUGCUUUCCUCCAAACUUCCUCUCUAUCGGAUUGGCUAGAUGAAUUCUUUUGUCGGCUGUUUUCUGUGCUUCAGAAUUUGGAAUCAAGUAGUGCCAUCGCGGAAGGUUACCAGACCUCAAUCAUGCCAGGAACUUUUCUUGUUGAGGACAGCCCUCACUAUUUUUGCAUGCUAGAAAUACUUCUGGGCAAGUUAUCAAAAACCUUAUUUAAUCAGUCCCUUAAGAAAAUUGCCAAGUUCGUCAAUGCAAAUAUCCUUCCUGGUGCCACUUCAGAAGUUGGACUUCUUUGUUGUGCCUGUGUUCAUUCAUAUCCUGAGGAGGCUUCAGUCUACCUUGUAAAGCCUAUCUUAAUGACUAUCAUGUCCUCCUUCGAAGGUACCCCCACAACAGGUUAUGUUGCAAGAGAAGUUCCUAACAACAUGGGUACUAAGGCUACACUUUCUCCUGCUCUAGAAACAGCAUUGGACUACUAUCUGAGGGUUUUGGCUAUAUCCAUCAGUUAUGCGGGUCCUGUCUUACUGAACUAUAGAGAAGAAUUAAAGCACGUAAUAAUGUCUGCAUUCCAGGCCCCUUCAUGGAAGGUCAAUGGAGCUGGUGAUCAUCUCCUUCGCUCUGUGCUAGGAAGCUUGGUUUCAUUUUAUCCACUAGAUCAGUAUAAGCCAUUUUCUUGUCAUCCCAUUGCAAAUAUUAUUGAGCCAUGGGGUUGUUCAAAAGCUCAUCAGGACAGGGAGGUUGAAAUGCUUAAUUUUCCUCCGAAGUGGCAUGAUCCGAAUCAAGAUGAACUAUCUUUUGCAAACGAAUUGUUAGAAUUUCAUUUUCAGUCGGCUGUGGAAGAUCUUUUGACUAUUUGCCAGACGGAAGUUCAGUCUGAGACAGGAGAUGAGAAGGAGCACCUAAAAGUAACUCUAUUGCGCAUUCAUUCUGCAUUGCAGGGUGUAAUGUCAUGCUUACCUGAACUGCGUCCAUCAUAUAAAGAUGGGAGGUCCAAGGUAGCAGUGCCCAGUUUCUUUAUUGCAGGAUCUUCUGGUAGCACCAUUGGCAGCUCAGAGAUGCGUGAAAAGGCUGCAGAACUUGUGCACAUAGCUUGCAGGUACUUACUAAAGGAAAGAACUGAUGAUAGUAUUCUCCUAGCACUUGUAGUACGUGUGAUUGAUGCUUUGGUAAACUAUGGUAGCUUGGAAUAUGAUGAAUGGUCAAGUCACGUUCAAGCUUGGAAGUUAGAGUCUGCUGCCAUCAUUGAGCCUCAAUGCAACUUUAUUGUUCCAUUCCAUGCUCAGGGCAAAAAGAGGCCUAGAUGGGCGCUUGUCGAUAAAGCGCACUUGCAUAAUACGUGGAGAUGUUCACAAUCAUCAUACCACAGAUACCGUACAGAUGCCAAUGUAACUCCAUCUAGCCUCAUGGUUAAUUUGGUGAAGGAUCUCCUAGAUCUCUCACUACACAACUAUGAAACUGUUCGCUCGUAUGCUGCAAGAUCGCUAACAAAAAUGUUGAAGCGCUGGCCUUCUCUAAUUUCUGAUUGUGUUCUUACCCUGACCGAGAAUUUGCGUGAUUCAAAAGCCCUGGAACAUGUGGUGCUUGGUUCUUGCAGCAUUCUCGCAUCACAAACUGUUUUGAGACACUUGACAACUGAUUCUGCUUCCCUCUCUUCAUUUAUCAUGGGAAUUUUGGGAAGCUCUCAUCAUGAAUCGAUAAAGUGUCAGAAAGCUAUUACCGAGCUCUUUGUGAAAUACAACAUACGUUUCUCUGGAAUAUCAAGGACUUUUUUCAAGAAUUCUCAAAGUCUGGUUGACAGGCCAGGAUUUCUUGGAUUAUUUUCUCAAAUUAAUGCUUUGGGCUUUGAGACUAACAGUCUACAUUGGAGGUACAAUCUGAUGGCUAAUAGGGUACUUCUGUUGCUAAUUUUGGCAUCUAGAAGUGAGCCUGACAUUUAUUCACAAAUCCUGGCAGAGACUGCUGGUCAUUUCUUAAGAAAUUUGAAGAGUCAACUCCCCCACUCAAGGAUGCUUGCAAUAUCUGCUCUGAACACACUAUUAGAAGGAUCACCUCACAAGGCAUCUGUGGAAGAUUCACAACAAGCAUUAGAUCACCCUGAAGAAAGCAAUAUUUUGUCCACAGGAAAGCUUCUGAAUGACAUAAUCCAGGAGGAAGGAUUCAUGAAUGACACACUAAACAGUCUCUCACAUGUACAUAUUAUUUCUGAUAGUGAUGGUUCAUCAAAAGCAAGUUAUGGUGCUUCAUCAUUUCAAAGCGGAUCUGAUAAAGCAAUCACAUAUUUCUAUUUUGAUUUCUCUGCCUCGUGGCCAUGUACCCCUAGUUGGAUUUCUUUAGUGGGCAGUGGCACGUUCUAUUCCAGCUUUGCUAAGAUAUUCAAAAGGCUUAUACAACAAUGCGGAAUGCCAGUAAUGUCCUCACUUCAGUCUGCACUAGAAGAAUUUCUGAGUUCAAAAGAAAGAUCAAGGCAAUGUGUGGCGGCUGAAGCUAUGGCAGGCAUGCUUCACUCUGAUGUCACUGGGGAUUUGGAGUCUGGGAGUGACUGGUUGAUGCUUCAGUUGCAGAAGAUUGUGUUAGCUCCAUCUGUGGAAUCAGUUCCUGAAUGGGCAUCUUGCAUUAGAUAUGCUGUUACUGGCAAAGAAAGAUCUGGAACUCGUGCUCCUGUUCUCAGGCAAAAAGUAUUAGAUUGCUUAUGUACAGCAGUUCCUCAGUCUGUAGCAACUAGCGUACUUGCCAAGAGAUAUUCAUUUCUGUCUGUUGCUCUAAUUGAAAUUUCUCCACAUAAAAUGUCCCCUGCAGAGGAGCAGUACCACGUUACAAUUCUCAACGAACUGCUUGACAAUAUGAGUCACUCAUCUGCGCAGGUAAGAGAGGCGAUUGGUGUUGCUAUGUGUGUCGCAUGCUCGAAUGUGAGAUUAGCUGGUGCACGUUCACCGGGAGUCCUGACAGAACCAACAGGAAAUGAAUAUUGGUCUAAGCGUUUGACAGAUGGAGUUACUGAAUUGUCUGCAAGUAUACAGAACCAUAAUCAAUCUAAGCAACUGGAGUUGGCAUCCGAUUCAUCCACUGCAAAUGGCUUGGACAAUAAAGAGGAGGCUGAUGCUAAAAGAAUGGAAACGAUUUUCCAUUUUAUGAUUGCAUCUCUGAAGUCUGGGAGAUCUUCCGUUCUACUAGAUGUUAUUAUUGUGCUCUUCUACCCUGUUCUAUCAUUACAGGAAACAUCAAAUAAAGAUUUGUCAUUGCUCGCAAAGUCAGCUUUUGAAUUGCUGAAAUGGCAGACUUUGCGGCGCCCUUUUCUUGAAACAGCUAUUAUGGCUAUCCUUUCUUCAGUCAAUGAUCCCAACUGGCGAACCAGAUCAGCGUUGUUAUCGUAUCUCAGGACCUUUACAUACAGGCACACAUUCAUUCUUUCUGGCUCAGAGAAAUCACAAAUUUGGCAAACAAUCGAGAAGUUACUUGUGGAUAACCAAGUUGAGGUCAGGGAGCAUGCUGCUGGUGUUCUUGCAAGCUUAAUGAAGGGUAUAGAUAAAGAUUUAUCGAAGGACUUCCGUGAUAGAUCAUAUGCACAAGCCCAACGUAUCCUUGAUACGAGAAGAAGAACUCCAAAGUCGGGCCAUUCUGUUGCUACCAUCCAUGGUGCAGUACUUGCUCUGACGGCUUCGGUGCUUUCUGUCCCAUACGACAUGCCAAGCUGGCUUCCUGGUCAUGUAACACUACUGGCCCACUUCAUCCGCGAACCGUCUCCUGUAAAAUCUACUGUGACAAAGGCUGUUGCCGAGUUCAAGAGGACACAUGCCGACACUUGGAGCAUCCAGAAGGAUGCCUUCACAGAAGACGAAUUGGAGGUCCUCCGUGAUACAUCGUCCUCGUCAUCAUACUUUGCUUAGAUUCAGAGACUGGUAUUUUAACAAUACAGUGAUAGCAGAUUUUAUGAAUUUGGCCAGGAAGAAGACUAGUUGCAUUGGUGACAGAAAAUUUCAUGUUCUUUUCAAUCGAUGAACUGCCAGUGAUGAUCAUAUAUUCAUAGUUACAUACCGUGUAUUGUAGUUUCGUCAAUAAAGGCUUGUUCUUCAUACAGGUGAUAGCUUUGAUAUAUGGACUUGAAUGAGUAUAUAUAUGGAAUGUGCUUCUGCAGUCA